GGUCAUCUCCUCAAAGUUUUACGACAAAUUAUCAUCUGGAGCCUUCCUCGAGCACGUGCUAUCGCGCUGCACGCUGAGAGGUGAAAGAGGAAGAAGUAUAAACUGCGCUGGGUGCACGCGCGUAGUGCGAGCUGCGACCGGCAGGAGCGGAACAAUCUGUAUCGAACGUCUGCGACCUGCGGUGUGAUCGUCGUUCCCGACCAACAUGGACUCCGCUUCUGAUCCCAGUUCAUGGCACACACCGCAGCAACACCCCCUGUCUCCAACGCAGACAGGACGGAGCCCGCCGGUCAACGAGCCUCCGAGAGCGCCGCCGUCCACGCCGCCCUCAACGAGGUCGAAGAAGCACCGCGCCAAGCGGCGUCACCAACGCAUGCAGCGCAUUUCAAGCGCGAUCAAGUCGCCGUCCGGCACCGACGUCGCGAGCCCCAAACAAACCGAAGAACAGGGCGAGAGUAAGCCAGUCUCAACUGAAGAGAGGGUGGCCAGCAGCGCCGUCGAGUCACAACAAGCCGCCGGUACCGAGGCGCCUCCACAGGUGCCCGUCAACGCACAGCUGCAGAACGCGGACGACGAGAGCUCGUAUGUGAAUGUAACCCCGCCCUUCAAGCCGGUGGCCGUAGUCCCGGGGUGGCAAACGCCCCUCAAGCAAGCGCGUCGCUUGCUUCAUGGCGCCCUGAGGAGCAGGGAGAAGGAGGUCGCCGAGUCCGCUUUACAGAGGCGUGACAGUAAGCAUCCGGGCGAUCCCGGGACGGAGGUCAUGACUACAGGCCGCCGGAAGUCCUCCGUUCGAUGGCCACGCAGCGUCACUUCCCGGGGGUACCACAGACGGGGCCGCUACCGAACAUACAAAAAGGUGCUGCGGCUUCUCGAAGUUAUAUUUGAUGGAGUCAGAAUGACACCUAAACGUUGGGAUAAUUUCUAAAAUAAAGUCUUCCUGUU